UUCACCAAUCACUUUACAACACCCCCUUCGCCUCUUUCUGACUAUUUGCGUCUCAAUCAUCUCGUUGCAAGUGACGGAGCUAGGGGAACAGCGACAAGAGAGAUGGGCGACAAUGUAUACAAGAUCACCAUCCUGUGCGACGCCAUCGAUCAAUCCAUCUUUCCAAGCUACCGAUAAAGUCUGACGCAGCACCAUUGGGAAAUAUAUUUGACGAUAGAACAGAGGGAGCAUCAAAGCUACAACUCUUUUGAAUUAAUUAGCCAGUUACUUUGGAAUGUGAUGCAUUUACAAUACAUGUCGGUUUAUUUUACUUCAAUGAAGGAUGGCAGACUACGGACGCGUCCUCAUCUUCCCCGCUGCUAUCAGCAAACAGAAUGUAGUCUACGAAUUGUAAAAUAGUCAAUUUUUUACGUAUCUUCUGGAUUUUGGGCAUAUGCGCGCAUUGGAAAGGUAUACGUCUAUGGGCUAUAUUUUCUUUAUUGAUGGACAGACGUGGUGUGUAAGUGCAGAUAACCUAGCUGUUGGCGUACACCCUAAAUCUCUACACACGUUUCUUUAUGUAUGAUAACCCCGACCUUGUCAUAUCGAUGAAAGUAGGGGUGAUUUAUGUUACGCAUUUCACCUAUUUCAAUACUGACACAUCGUUCUGUGAAUUUCAAACACAUUUCUGAUGGCUUGCAAUAAUCAGCAGUUUAUUUCACAGAAAUACUGAAUGCAUUUGACAAACAAUUGACAGAUUAGCCUACUUGUUUAUUGAUCAUUAUAUUGAUCAUUAGGCUAUCAGAGAGUGUUUUUAAAAAGAACGCCAGUUACGGUAUUGAAAGAGUAAUACGCUGCAAAAAUAAACACAACAAAAAGAUGAAAAAGAUCAGCCUCAGAAGAGAUUCUGUAGGUUACCGAGAAAACGGCAAAGGGGUCACAUUUCAGCGUUGGGGUUGUGAGACAGUCGGAAGAGAAGGAACCGGGGUAAGAGACCAAGGAGACGCUGCGGCCAAGGAGCCUUCUGUGGGACUGCACGACAAGGAGCUACCGCUGCCAGCGUUGAAAAGCAUGGCUUGGGGUUGGUGGAAGAAAGAAUCGAAUAAUCUUGAGACAUCAUAACGAUCAUUAUAACAAUAUACAUCACGAUAUCUUUUGAGUAAUAGGCCAACCACAUUCUUGAUUGUGUUAGAGGUGUGGCAAGUAGCCAUUUAAUACAUAUAUAUAUUGGUCAUUAUUAGCAUAUUUUAACAAAGGCUAUUUAUAAUGUGUAGUAUUUACUAAUAUGUAUAAUCUAAAGUCUGUGUGCAAGUAUAUUUGAAUAAUAGCCUACUUGUAUUCUUAGUUGCACUGACCAUAUAGCAUUGUAAUAAUGGGAUGUUUAGAAAGACAUUAACACAGACACAAGCUAAAUCCAUGUCACAAGCGACACAAACUCAUUUGAAAACAGUAUCCUGUUAAUGUGUUUCUCCAAAAUCUGCACACUGAUGAGAACUGCCAGCAAGAUGAACAGCCUUAUCACUCAUUGUCCUCAAAAAUGCACAACACUUUGGCAAAGGACAUGUGCUUACUUCACGGAGAGCUAUCUUCAUUUAUUGAAUGUGUAUUAUCAUAAAUGCAAUUGCACACACUUAAAGAACAUCUACAGUAAAGGUGAACAUUUUCAGAUGCAUACUAAUUUAGCUUAAACUAAUGAGAUGCACACACUCCUAUUCCUGUCCAUUGUGAUGUGAAGAGUACCAAUUUGGUAGUGAUAAAGGGGUAUGGAUAUCAGGCAACUUUAAGUGUCUCAAAUGUGGUCACAGAGAAUACUGUUAAGCACAAGCUAAUUUAAAAAGGAGAGGACCCUAUACCCUAUUACUGGACACAUCUCAGCCUACACAUCUCAGCCUGUGUUGUGGACAAACAAAACCUGGAACCUUUCUACUAACCCCCCUGCUUAAGCAACUUGGAAACCAACCUUGACUCUGUUGACUCCCUGAUAUAACUCAGUUGUCGAGCUGCAGUACUUGGAAAUCAACAACUCACAACCUGACUUUUGGAGCACGCUCGCGCUCGCAGGAAGAGCAUUGCCACUGCGAGACAGCCAAGCAUGGAAAUCCCUCCCACUGCCCCCCAACAACCCUUCAGACAACAAAGCUUCCUCAGUCGAAAGUUGAAGGGCUCCAUCAAAAGGGCAAAGAGCCAGCCCAAGCUGGAUCGAACCAGCAGCUUCCGCCACAUGAUUCUACCCCGUUUCCGUAGUGCUGAUCAGGAGAGGACACGUCUAAUGCAGAGCUUCAAGGAGUCCCACUCUCAUGAGUCCCUGCUUUCCCCUAGCAGUGCAGCGGAGGCUCUGGACCUCACGCUGGAUGAAGAUGCUGUCAUCAAACCUGUCCACUCCAGCAUAUUGGGCCAGGAGUACUGCUUUGAGGUGACCACCAUUUCAGGGACAAAAUGCUUUGCCUGCCGCUCGGCUGCAGAGAGAGACAAAUGGAUUGAGAAUCUACAGAGAGCUGUCAAGCCCAACAAGGACAAUAGUCGAAGGGUGGACAAUGUGCUUAAGCUAUGGAUCAUUGAGGCCAGGGACCUUCCUCCUAAGAAGCGGUACUAUUGUGAGCUGUGUCUGGAUGACAUGCUGUAUGCGCGCACCACCAGCAAGCCCCGCACGGACACUGUCUUCUGGGGCGAGCACUUUGAGUUCAACAACUUGCCUGCCAUUCGUAGCCUACGCCUGCACCUUUACAAGGAGACAGACAAAAAGCGACGCAAGGAGAAGAGCACGUACCUCGGCCUGGUCACUAUCCCCAUAUCGAGCAUCACAGGCAGGCAGUUUGUGGAGCAGUGGUACCCGGUGAUCCAGCCCAGUGCUUUGGCUAAGGGUGGCGGUGUAGGCGGUGGCAAGGUCAUCAAUGCCUCAAUCCGCCUCAAGUCCCGCUACCAGACCAUGAGUAUCCUGCCCAUGGAGCUGUACAAGGAGUUCGCUGAGUACAUCACCAAUAACUACCGUACGCUGUGUGCCGUGCUGGAGCCUCUGCUCAGUGUCAAAAGCAAAGAGGAGGUGGCGUUCGCGCUGGUGCACAUUCUCCAGAGCACGGGCAAGGCCAAGGACUUCCUGUCAGACAUGGCAAUGUGCGAGGUGGAUAGAUUCAUGGAACGAGAGCAUCUGAUCUUUCGAGAGAACACCCUUGCUACUAAAGCCAUAGAGGAGUACCUCAAAUUGAUAGGGCACCGGUACCUCAAGGAUGCCAUAGGAGAGUUCAUUCGAGCUUUAUACGAGUCAGAGGAGAAUUGUGAAGUGGAUCCCAUGCGUACUCCACCGUCUGUCCUGGCCGACCACCAAGCCAAUCUUCGCAUGUGCUGCGAACUGGCACUCUGCAAGAUUGUCAACUCUCAUUGUGUGUUUCCGCGGGAGCUGAAGGAUGUCUUUGCCUCCUGGAGGGUCCGGUGUGCCGAGCGGGGAAGGGAGGACAUCGCAGACCGCCUCAUCAGCUCCUCCCUCUUUCUACGCUUCCUGUGUCCCGCCAUCAUGUCGCCCUCUCUCUUCAACCUCACCCAGGAGUACCCCGGAGAGCGGACAUCCCGCACACUUACCCUCAUCGCCAAGGUGGUGCAGAACCUGGCCAGCUUCUCCAAGUUUAGUGGCAAAGAGGACCACAUGUGUUUCAUGAACGAGUUUUUGGAGAUGGAGUGGGGCUCCAUGCAGCAGUUCCUGUACGAGAUCUCCAACAUGGACACGGGGAGCAACGCCGGGGGCUUUGAGGGCUACAUCGACCUGGGCAGGGAGCUGUCAGUGCUCCACAGCCUGCUGUGGGAAGUCAUGGCCCAACUGAGCAAGGACGCUAUUCUGAAGCUUGGUCCCUUGCCACGUCUGCUGAAUGACAUCAGUGUAGCCUUGAGGAACCCCCAGCUCCACCGGCAGGCCAGCCACCAGCCAGACAGGCAGCAGGACAGGCUCAUCACACGGCCCUCCUUCAACCGCCUGGUAUCAUCCGAUUUCCAGAGCCUCAUGAUGCGGGACCUCAACAGCUCAAUAGACAUCUCCCGUCUCCCUUCCCCAACCGCGGGAUUAUCUGGGGGUGGUGUCCUCUCGUCUCAUGUAAGCAUGGGAAGCUUUGCGGAACGAGACCCCCACGGCUCAAAGGACGUUUUCUACGUGACCCGCCCCCCCCUGGCUCGGUCCAGCCCUGCAUACUGCACCAGCAGUUCUGAUAUCACUGACCCAGACCCAAAGGUCCUCAGUGUUAACAAAAGCGUGUCCAUGAUGGACCUGCAGGACUCACGCAUGAAUAGCAUCUCCAACCUCCAUUCAGUGGGCGAUAUGCUCAACUCCUCCCAGGCCUCUAUAGCAGGCUUGGGCCACAGUUUCGGGAACCUGGGCGGCCCGCUUCGCAUGGGAGGCCAUAUGUCCGCCGGGGGCUCUGGGAGCUCCGGCUUGAGGCUAAGCCAGAUGGGGGGACCCCUUCACCACAUGGGGGGUCCCACUGACUCUCUCUCCCAGCAGCAGCAACAUGCGGCAGCCGCCAUGCACUUCCCCCUCUCCUUCCAGAAUCCCCUCUUCCAUCUGGCUGCCGACGGCCCUCGGGGUCAGCCCCACAGUCGUCCUCAGGCCCAGCCACCUCCCCCUCCACUCUUGUUGGCCCCAGAGCUUGACAAUGCCCACCACCAACAGGGCUACAUGCGGGCAUUCGGCCACGGCGGCUUCUCGCGUAGCGAGGACCUUUCGGCCCUGCGGCCACAGAGCAGUCUGGUGCAGCCCAGUGUUGUCCACUCACACAGCUACAGUGACGACUACACACGGCAAAACCAGAACGCUGAAUACGCCCGGCGCCAGCUUUCGCUGCAAGUGCAGGAGAAUCUUCAGCAGCAGAUUCUUAUGGGCAUGACCCCUCAGACGGCCACAGGCACGGGCACUCCCACCUCCUUGGCCACUCCCCCCUCCACCGUGCACCCUGUCCGUCAUGGCUCCAUAGCACCGCCUCCCCCGCAGCGCCUCAAAUCCCAGCUGUCCAUCAGCCCCGGGGCCACCUCCACCCCUCCCAAGGCCCGCCCCCAGAGCAGGAACCUCCUUCUCCAGUCGCCCGACUCCAGCUUUGGCGGCAGGCAGCCCUCACAACAGCAACAACAGCAGCAGUUGUCCGUCAAACAGUCUGACAGCCCAGCCCCUGGGCUCCCGCACCAGUCAAGCUCUGCCAGAGACGGCCAGGGGGCGCCACAAGGGGGGAACGGAGAGACCACAGACACCCCGACUAAGAGCACAAAGCAGCCUCAGACCACAGACACCCCAACUAAGAGCACCAAGCAGCCUCAGCCGCAGUCCCAGCAGCAGCAUCCACAGCAGCACCUGCUCAAGCCUACAGUCAAUAAACAGGGUUCUCAGUCCCCCUCCACCCUGACCCCCAACGAGCGCACUGUGGCUUGGGUGUCCAACAUGCCACACCUCUCUGCUGACAUCGAAAUAUUGCGUAGCUCAUCAAACCUUGAGGACCUCAAGCUGAAGGAGUACUCUAAGAGCAUGGACGAGUCACACAUGGAUAGGGUAAAGGAAUAUGAGGAGGAGAUCCAUUCCCUGAAGGAGCGUCUGAUAAUGUCCCAUCGGAAGCUGGAGGAGUAUGAGCGCAGAAUGCUUUCACAGGAGCAGCAGACCAGCAAGAUCCUAUCACAGUACCAGAGCCGGCUGGACGACAGCGAGCGCAUGCUGAGGCAGCAGCAGCUGGAGAAGGACAGUCAAAUCAAAGGCAUUAUCAACAGGCUCAUGGCUGUGGAGGAUGAGUUGAGAGUGAGUGCCAUUCCUGAAAUCAAGCCCAGAAUGUUCAGAGAGCAGCCAAUCCAACCGUUUUACGGAGGACACCCUGGAACCUGACUGGCAGAGCUGAUAUUGGUCCCGGCAUAAUCCUAUUGGCUGGCAAAACAUGGAAGAGGUCUGCAGUACAUGGCUGCUCCAGAUCUGUUGAUUUCCCACAACAAGUUGAACUUUGGAAA